AUGUUCUCCGCCGCGAAUGUAUUCCGCUCUGCUGCCCGCCAGCCUCGAUGGCUGAAUGCUUCUCCUGCUGCGGUCAUCGCGCCCAGACGCACAAUAAUUUCUACUCCUGAACCGGAGUCGCUGAGUGACGUGUCUGACAUAUUACGCUCGUCCGCGAAUGCGCAAGGUACGGCCAACGAGAGUUCCGAAUCUGGGACACCCACCCCGGUCAAUCCAGAGGAUGCUGUCCCUCCUCUGAUUACAGGACAUGAACGUUUCAAGGGUUUUCGCACAAACAAGUUUGUUAGACCAAACCAAUUGAGCCGCAAUGACCGCACGGCCACGCGAAGGCCUGUAAAGCCUCCUCUACUCGGUCCAUCCGCAAAGGAGUCCCGUGAACUGGAUAUUUUUUACCAGCUUAACAUCGAUCCCCUCCACGAGUGCCAAAAUUCGUCACUCAUGAGUCAUUUCGUCACAGAAAUGGGCAGGAUCAUGCCUCGUGCGCAAACCAAACUCACGUGGAAGAACCAGCGCAAGUUGGGCAAGGCGAUCCGGCGUGCAAAAAUGAUGGGAGUCAUCCCCAUCCUGAGCAAACGACCCCUUGACCUCCUGCAGCGCUGA